UAGAGAGAGAGAGAAUGUAGGGAAAGAAGAUGAAGAGAAAGAGUGAUUGGGGCUAUGACGAGGGAGAGAGAAAGAGCAAGGGGGUUUAAAACGUCAGCAUAGGAGCCCUGCUGCCAGUCUGCAUGUACUGAUAUGCACGACGCUCGAGGAGUUUGCGCUCCGGUCAGGCUCGCGCACUGGGAUCCUAACCGUCACCAGCACAUAACAGCGCGGAUAACGGAGAUGAUUCUCUUCACACGGCAACACGAAACGGAACAAAGUGUACGCAGAUGGAAGCGAUGAAGAGUCCUGUCAGUUUCCACACACCUUUGGAUGUGACGAGCUCCAAGUAGCGGGAGUUUACCGUCACAGACAGCAGGUGGGAUUCCACUCAGUGGAGAGUUCGCGCGUGACUUUUUGUUGGACAUGGGACCGGGUUUCGCCUGUUUUGGAUACGGUACCGGAGGAACCGCGUCUUCUUGAACGAAGAGCUGUCGACAGCUGGACAACGACGAGAUGCGCUCCGACCACGGCUUCAUCCUGCUGCUCCUCAACGGGACAGCGUGCUUGCUGGCUCUAGGACAGGAAGAUACCCCCUCGUCAUCUUCUUCCUUCCCCUCAUCUACGUCAAAGUCCUCCUCCCCAGCAGACUCCUCCAAAACUCUUGGCGUUCUGGGAUCUCAGGGUUCGAUUUCACCCCUGAGCCGCUGGGUGAUGCACAGCCGUGGGCGAGCCGCCAACACGUCCACAAUGGAGCUGCCCUAUCGUUCUCCGGUGCCCUUUUCCAAACAGGAAUUUUGGGAAAUGCUGGGUAGCGACCUCCUCAAAACGGACACGGACGAGUCUGGGAACUCCCGUGUGAAGCGCCGCCCCCCGAUCGUCAAAACAGGCAAAUUUAAGAAGAUGUUUGGCUGGGGCGACUUCUACUCUAACAUCAAGACAGUGCGCCUCAACCUGCUCAUCACGGGUAAGAUCGUGGAUCAUGGGAACGGCACCUUCAGCGUCUACUUCCGUCACAAUUCCACCGGCCAGGGGAACAUCUCAGUCAGCCUGGUACCUCCGGUAAAGGCUGUGGAGUUCGACUUGGAGCGGCAGAGCGUGGUCUACCCUAAAGACUCAAAGAUCUUCAACUGCCGCAUAGACUAUGAGAAGGUGGACCGCAGCAAACGCACCUCGCUCUGCAACUACGACCCCUCUAAGACCUGCUUCCAGGAGCAGACACAAAGCCAUGUGUCCUGGAUCUGCUCCAAACCCUUUAAGGUCAUUUGUAUCUACAUUUCAUUCUACAGCACAGACUACCGACUGGUGCAGAAGGUCUGUCCAGACUAUAACUACCACAAUGAGAUGCCCUACCUACCCUCAGGGUAGAGCUGUAGGGAGCAGUUGACUAGAGGAACGAGGAAGGCUGGAUGGGGGAAGGUGUUAGCAUAUGAGGGAUUGGUUCUAUUACGGAGACGAAGAUGAAUGUGAAAUGCUAAUUUGGGACAAGGGUUUUAAAGGACACAGGUCUUCAGCUAAAGACUCUUCAGAAACUUAUCAUUCAGCUGUUAUGGACUACCCUCUCAUGACCUGAACAUCACAGGUGGUUCAAAAGGUGAAUGUACAGUAUUUCAUUUGCUGCAGUUGAUGUCCUGAA